AUGGCACACAAUGUAAUAGAUUCGGCAUUGAAUAAGUUCAUCGCCGCGACUGACCGAAUAAGUCACUUUGCGGCGCGACUUAACAAUGCUUCUACUGACAGCGCGUCCCUGUACACAUGCCAGGUCCGGAGGGACCAGAUGCGUGCCUUGUUGGACAAGGUCGAGAAGGAGUACGAGGCUUGCUCCUGCGUCAUGUCGGAUGAAAUGACGACAGACGAGUUGCCUACCAUUCAGGCAAAAUAUGAUUACUGCUAUAUUCUCUAUGAGCAGUGGUCCGCUCAGCUAAGUGAGCAAAUAGCUGAUGCCUCCCAGGCACUCACUCCUCGUACACCCGUACAACCCCCAGCCGUGCCGUUCGUGUCCACAGGGUGUCGCCUACCUCCGUGCGACACCGAAGUUUUCGGAGGCGAUUACACUCGCUGGCCCACCUUCCGAGACUUAUUCACGGCUAUUUACAUCCGAAAUCCUAGACUGUCGGAAGUUGAGAAACUUUUCCAUCUCAACUCCAAGACCAGCGGUGAAGCCCAUGCCAUUGUGUCAAAGUCUCCUUUGACCAAUGAAGGGUUUCAGUCGGCAUGGUCCAGCUUGACUGAGCGUUUUGAGAACAAACGAGCGGUAUCGCACCCUAGAAGCGAUAGCGGAAGUGUCAGCCAGCACGAGCGCUCCGACGGUUCCGCGAGCCUCACGCAAGGAGGCCCCGUCGCCAAGCAGGUAAACUCCUUUGAGAGUCGGGUAACUUCAAAAACCCAGUCCUGCAAGUUGUGUUCCCGGGAGAAUCACCCGAUUCGUUUGUGCCCGCGUUUCCUCCAGAUGGGUAUCAACGAUAGGGUCAAUUAUAUAAAGCAACAGAAGCUGUGUCUCAAUUGUUUCGCACGAGGCCAUAUCCUGGCUGAGUGCACAAGUGCGCACAGCUGCUUUACUUGCAAGGGUCGUCAUCAUACACUCUUGCACCGAGUGAGCCCGGCGCCGACAGUCACAACCCCCAUUCCAUCUCCAAUACAGUCCACUUCCACCCAGUCAGCUAACGUCCAAUCCUUCGUGGCAGUUAACACACAAGGUGUUCUGCUCAGCACAGCUGUCAUUCAUGUAUGCCAUCUCGGCGUCCGCUAUACAGCUCGGCCUCUGAUUGACUCCGGAUCAGAAGCCACCUUCCUCUCAGAGAAGUUGUUCAAGCGCUUGAGGAUGCCGUAUACAUCCGUGCAAGCCCGCGUUUCUGGGCUGACACAAGCUGUGGCAGCCCAGCCCCGAAAGUUUUGCCAUUUCUUAAUUGGCUCCCCGGUCAGACCCGAUUUGCAGAUCGAGGCGUCGGCGUACGUCCUCCCCCAGUUAGCGGGGAAUCUGCCCUCAUGUUCCGUCCCACAAACGCUCCUCGAGAAACUGCCCAGCAUCCAACUGGCAGACCCCAAAUUCCAUGAGAGUUCGCAGAUUGAUGUGCUACUAGGCGCUGACAUCCUCCCGUCCAUUCUGCUCGGCGGCUCUGACCCUAACAUUUGUGGGACCCUCCUCGGUCAAGAGACCAUUUUCGGUUGGAUCCUGACUGGCCCUGUGUCGGGAUCCAUUUCAAAAUCCAUUUCGUCCUUUUCGGCUCGACUGUCCGUCGAGCGAACUCCGCCAUUGGAGGAACUCCUCUCCAAAUUUUGGGAGGUGGAGGACCUGCCGGCUAGCCCAGCAAAAGAAUCUGACCUUUUUUGUGAGGCUAACUUCAACGCCACGACCGUGCGAACCUCAACGGGUCGCUACAUGGUCACGCUUCCAUUCCGCGAUCCUGGUCACGUUGACCUGGGUCACUCGAGGGCUACCGCUCUCGCUCAGUUCCUGAGAAACGAGAGCCGUUUAAAGAGGAACGACUCUCUGAAGGAACAAUAUGACUCCGUUAUUCGAGACACCACCACAAAGCUCCGCGUUGUAUUCAACGCCUCCAGCCCGACUUCAAACGGGAAGAGUCUGAACGACAUCCUCCACACUGGGCCAAUCCUUCAAUCCGACCUGACCAUUCAAAUCCUGAAAUGGAGGUUUUUCCAAUUCGUCUUCAACGCUGACAUCACCAAGAUGUAUCGGCAAAUCCUUGUGGAUCCCAAACACACCCGGUUUCCAAGGUUGCUCUUCCGUACUCCAGACGAGAAGUUAUGCGACUUUGAACUCAACACAGUCACCUUUGGAGUGAACUGUGCUCCGUACCUGGCUAUCCGCGUUCUGCAUCAGCUUGCGAGUGAUGUUCGCGACCGGUACCCCCUUGCUAGUGACAUCAUCGCCAAUUAUAUGUACGUUGAUGACGUCCUAGCAGGAGCUCACACUAAGCAGGCUGCGGUGUCUGCUAUAGAUGAGCUUCGAACAGCGCUCGAGAGUGCUGGGUUCCCUUUGCGUAAGUGGACCUCGAACUCCAAAGAUGUGCUGAGGAGAAUCCCUAAGGAUCACUUGCUCUGUGCAGACUUCCUCGAGAUUGACGAAGCUAGUGUCGCAAAGACGCUAGGCAUUCGUUGGCGGGCCACGUCCGACGAGCUCUUUUUCGUCACCGCCGAGAUGGUGUCCAAACCAUCUUUCAGUAAGAGAGAAGUGCUGUCGCAGAUCGCCAAGUUGUUCGAUCCUGCAGGUUGGCUUGCUCCCGUGGUCAUUUGGGCCAAGAUUUUUAUGCAAGAAAUCUGGAAGCAAGAAAUCGGCUGGGACGACUCCUUACCGGCGGAUCUCACAGAGCAGUGGACCAGUUUUCUGCGGAACUAUUCGUCCUUGCAGGACAUCCGCAUUCCUAGAUGGACCAACUACACUCCCGGCGCAAAAAUCCAAUUCCACGGUUUUUGCGACGCCUCUCAAAGCGCGUAUGGAGCCGCUCUUUACGCACGUGUGGAAACAGCUGGACAAGUGUCUGUGAGCCUUCUAGCAGCGAAGACUAGAGUUGCACCUAUCAAGACGGUCUCUCUACCUCGUCUUGAGCUGUGCGGAGCUCUCCUGUUGGCAGAGUUAUCCGCUGCCCUCCUACCACAUUUUCCCACCCCCGACGCUGAGACGUACCUGUGGACAGAUUCCACUAUCGUUCUGGCAUGGUUGGAUAAACAGCCAUGCAAGUGGACCACUUUCGUGGCGAACCGAGUGGCCAAGAUUCACUCGGUGAAUGGCACUUGGCAGCAUGUUCGUUCCGAACACAACCCAGCCGAUCUGGCAAGCCGCGGUGUCUCGCCGCAAGAGCUACUGGCCAGUCGCCUUUGGUGGCAGGGGCCUGAAUGGCUGACGCACUCACCAGCGCAGUGGCCUUCACCAGUCAUUGGGCUCGAUACUGAAUUGGAGUGUCGAGCGGUGAAGGUCCAUGCAGCGCAAGUCCUAUGUGAGGACUUCCUCGACCGUUUCUCCAGGUUCGAUCGAGCGCUCCGAGUGUUUGCGUAUGUGCGAAGGUUUGCCCAGCGUUGCCGCCAACCCAAGGUCUCGUUUCCAGAGACGCUCAGCUCUCAAGAGCUUGCAGAAGCUCAAGAGAGGCUGAUUGUACAGGCUCAGAAUCGGGUAUACGCGAAAGAGUGUGCUUCCCUCCGGUCCCAUAAUCGUCUAAUCGGGUCAAGCGAUAUCCUAAGCUUGAAUCCGUUCCUUGACAGGCAAGGUGUCCUGCGUUCCUGUGGACGCGUAAGAGCGUCCACCUCCUUAUCCUACGACGAACGGCAUCCAAUAAUUCUCCCGUUCGGCUGCGUGUUUUCACGCCUCCUGGUUUCCUUCACGCAUCAAGUCUCCCUCCAUGGAGGCAACCAAUUGGUGAUGCGGCUGGUCCGAACCAAGUUCUGGAUUCCCAAGCUGAGGAACUUGAAGACAGUAAUUAGUGCAUGCAAGACCUGCGUGAUUCAUCGCCGCAAGCUCCAGUCGCAGCUGAUGGGUGAUCUCCCAACCGCCCGGUCGACUUUUUCGCGACCUUUCACUAACUCCGGAGUAGACUUCGCCGGUCCCUUCGACGUCAAGAGCUACGUCGGACGGGGCUGCAAGAUUACGAAGGGUUACGUAUGUGUCUUCGCGUGCUUCAGCACGAAGGCAAUCCAUCUUGAGGCGACCACGGAUCUGACAGCGGAAAAGUUCUUGGAAGCUUUCUCCCGAUUCGUGGCACGGCGCGGGUGCCCUCUCCACAUGUACUCUGACAACGGGAAAACGUUCGUCGGAGCCUCCUCCAUUCUCUCCAAAGAAUUUGUGGAGAGCACCCGCAACCUGAUUGUCACCACUCACAGCCAUCAAGGUCUUGCAUGGCAUUUCAACCCACCUGGUGCCCCUCACAUGGGGGGUCUCUGGGAAGCGGGCGUCAAGAGCUUCAAGACGCAUUUCUACAAGACGGUUUCCUCCGUAAAACAUACGUUCGAGGAGCUUUCCACCCUCCUAUCUAAAAUUGAAGCGUGCCUCAAUUCGCGGCCUUUGACUCCUAUGUCAGAGGAUGUGAGCGACUUGGCGGCACUUACUCCCGGUCAUUUCCUGAUCGGGGGUCCGCUACUCUCCAUGGCAGAGCCAGAGUCCAGAGAGGAUGUGGAGUCCAUCCGCAACCGCUGGCAACGGCUCAAGGCUCUCCAUCAGCAUUUCUGUGUGCGAUGGAAGAACGAAUAUCUGAAGGAAUUGCAUAAGCGGAAUAAGUGGCAGUCACCUUCACGCGAUCUCCAAUUCGGUGACAUGGUGGUCAUCAGAGAGGAGAAUAUACCGCCACAAGAAUGGCGCCUCGAGCGUGUGCUGACCGCUUGCCCAGGCGCUGAUGAAAGGGUCCGUGUGGUAGACAUCCAGACGUGUCGUGGUGUUUUCCGCCGACCAGUUGCAAAGCUGGUCCUCCUUCCUACGGGACACGCGCUCUGA